GUGUAACUACGCUGAUGAACGGCGUUGACAUAUUUUUUUCUGCGAAUAAAUAUGUUUAUCGAACCGGUUACGUAAAAUUCUGAAUCCAAUUAUAAAGUUCGCGAGAGAAGUAGUCGUUUCGAAAGUACCUAUAAGUUUGCGCGAAUUACCGAGUGUUAAUUUCGAACGAAUUUCGAAGUGAGCAUCGAACGUCUCGAAAUCAAGCGGCAUGUUAUAUGUGUAUGGCGUCUAACGCGGUUCAUGUACGAUUGAUUUCCAUGUAAUCUGUGUUACGUCGUAUUGUUGGUUACAUUUCCGGCGGUUGUCGUUUAAUAAUCAAACGCGGAAUGUGACUGGCUGAAGAAAACGAAACAGAAACAUAGAAAAAGAAGAAAGAGAACGGUCGAAUAUAUCUGUAGGUAAAAACGGAAGCAAGGUACAAAUAGAUAACUCGAUCGUCCGUAACUGAACGGCGGGGGCUUGUUGCGUUUACGUGGGGGCGAAUACGGCUAAGAAAAAGGGCGUGGAAAGAUUAAACGAGUUAAUAGGCAGAACGUUCACGUACAGCUAAAGACAGUAUGGGUAAGACGCCAAAGAAGGCGGCCCCUGGGGGCGAUGAGAGGAAUUUGUACAAUUGGAGACCUAAGGCAAAGACCGCGCCGUCCAAUUCUUCUGAAACUAGCUUGCCCAAGAGACAGCGCGAAUCCGAGAUUUUGAACAGACCUAAGUUGAGUACUUUCCAGAAAAGAGUACCUCCUGUUCAGAGAAAAAGUUUUAAAAGUUUAUCGACAAAAAUUGAAGUGAAUCAACCUGCGAAACAGAAAGGUAAACUGCCUAGUACUUCCAAGGAAAAGAAAAUAACUGCUCCCGAGAAAAGUGAAGAAUCAAAAAUCGAGAAAACCAUGCAACCAGAAUCAGAGGAGGCUGAGCCAAAACUUAACCCAGUCAUAGAGAAGGAAGACCAGAAGAAAGACAAUUCUGCAGAUAAUGAAGUAUCUACUGAAGAGUGCGUUGAUCGUGCUCCUUCUAAGGAACCGGAGCCCGCUACGAAGGAACAAGAAGACACAAUAAAUAAAGAAACUAGCGUUGAAAAAGAACAAACGGAAUCCGUCAAAGCAAACACUUCGGAUAAAGCGAAAGAAGACGAAGAUCUCGAAGACAGUGACAUAAAAUUGAGUCUCGAGGUCGAGGAUAAUUCUGUACAAAUGCAAGAAGAUAAGUCCGACAAUAAAGACAUAAAAGACGAUAGCAAAGAAGAAUGUUCUUCGUCAUCGAAGAACGAUCUGACCAAGGAAGAUGCACAAAGCGAAUCUCAAACCGAUACGGAAAGUUAUUCGGUGGACGUUUUAGAAUCAACGACGUCGGAAGUGUCCGAGAUGUCCGAAAUCCCGCCCCAAGAAAAGGAAAAAGAAACGGAGAAAGAACCAGAACCAGAGAAGGUUGACAAAGAUACGACCAAGGAUGCUUCGUUCGUUUCGUACGAUCCUUCGAUAAUGCUGAAGGACGUGCAAAUUAAACUGAACGAUUGCUUGAAGGAGAACUCGAAGUUGUUCGACGCGAGCAACGUCGAGCACAGUUCGUCGAUUCAACCGCCAAAGGAGUCUUUUGGAAAAACAUUGAGAAGCCUUUCUGGCAGACGAUCUCUGAACAGAAUGCGUUUCGUUACGCUACGGGAACAUAGGUACUCGCCCAACGAUUCGUUGUUCGUGAACACGUCCACCGAGUCCGUGCCACCGAACGACUCGUUGGACUUCAAGAUUUUACGUUACAGCACCGGCUUGUCCGACAUGCUCCCCUCGAGCAACGGUAGUCCAACCGAAAGAAAACGCAAGAACGACACCGACGAUUGGAACUCCACGAAAAAGCAGAGAACAGAAACGGAGCAAGGUUUACUGCACAGCUCCAUCGAUCUUCUGAAAGGUUUACGUAGGCCUAUACAAGUCUCUACUCCAGUCUCGGAGUUGAAGUUUCAGACUGGCAAACUAAAUCUUGGGAACGAGCAAGAGUCCAAAUCGAACGAGAGUCCAAAGAAGUGGUGUAGCAUCAUGUAAAUCAUCGAACCAUCAAGAACGAAUCAUCAAGGAAAAGAGUUUGCAUAUAUUUUUACACGCGAAGAAAAUCAUUCGUGUCGUACUACACUCGGACGAACAAGAACAAGUAAAAAGCGUCGAUUCGAACUAUCGGAUCGUAUUCGUUAACGCGUUUAUAUUCGAGUCUCUGUUUCGUCGGAUUCUCGGCAUCCAACGUAUUAACGGCAUUUCUAACUUUUUUCAAUAUAUUUCUAUUCUUAUACGAUAUAUACGAUACCGUGCAAUUUCACACCGCAGAGGCUCAUCAAAGGAACAUUGUACUCUUGAUCGUUUAAAGUUUUAAACUCUUGACUAUACAUAGAAUAUUACAUACUGUGCCUGUAGCGAUCGAGUAUAUUUUAUACAAACCAUGAAAUGUAAUUAUAUCAUACGAAAAGCGUAGCGACGAUAGAAAUCUUUUUUUGUUUAAUCGAUAAUUUUAUUCGUUCACUCGUUAUAAUUUAAACUAGGCUGUCGUUCGAUUACACUUUUCAGAUAUUCUGUUAAUCGUGCAUCGAUCGUAUCGAGCUCAAAAACAAAUUGCUCUAAUCUUAUAAUUUAUUUCGUUCGUGUUUGGAACGCAACCUUGACAUUUAUAAAUCGUUUUUUGAAGCAACGUUAGUGUCUUAACAUAAUUUUACAGUAGAUGAUAAAUUUAUGUUUCAUUAAAUUUAGACAAACAUUAAGGCAUUGUAAAGUUUUCCAUUUGUUUUGCGCCUUUCGUUUCGCGACUCGUAAAGGCACCUUUUACGUCGAAAAGCAUUUAACAAAGAAAAGCAUAUUUUAUUCAUAACUCUUGUAUAUCGUUGAACCGUAUACAAAAAUUACCGCGAACACGUUUGCAUUUGGUAGUUGAAGCAUUUACCUCUUAUCAUUGAACCUACGGAGAUAUCUGUAGGUCUUUUAAGGACUGACGAUACGUUUAUCGGUAACGAUGACGUAAAGAGGUAUUCACACUGUUCGUAACAGUAUUUAUGUAGGGUAAAUCGUUACGACGUAGUUUGUAUCUAGGAUGUCCCGUAACAUGAACUACUUUAUAGAACUUCAAGCAUUCAUACAAAUGUAUUAUACUUUGCCCUUGAUUAUGAGUUGUAUAAGUAAGUUUAUUUCUCGACGAUCUCGGUAUCUACUUACCUUUACAAAGUGUAACGUAUCUGCUCACCUUCGCUAGAGUUCUACCUUUGCAUCUCGUACAAUACGUUUCUUAAUAGGUGUAAGUCAAUCGAGCGUUCAAAUUGAAAUUUUAUUUGCAUAAACGUAGCUUUAUCGCAAACGAAAUUACAGGCUCGCUACAAAAGUAAACGGAUGACAGAAUUGUCGGAAGGCAAAUUGAUCUCUGAAGUAGUUUCGACGCGUUACGGGAUACCUCGUAUAUUCGACAGCCGCGACACUGAGCGAUUGAACGCGGUCCACCGAAAAAUUCAGAACACUCGUUAUAAGAAACUUCUUUCGUUUUGUGAAAGGAUCGCGCAAAUUUUAUGAUAGACGGUACGACGCAGUUUCGAAGGAAACCGCGAUCGAUUGCCGGAUUAGGCGCGUCCGACGUCUAUUGUAGUGCGGAGAAAUCAAAGCGUAUUUGUUAAGUUAGAUGUAAAUACACUCGAGAGCCCGACAGAGGCGGAUUAAACGUUAAAUUUGUCGAGAAAUUCCACCCUCGCCUCGUUCUACUCGGUUCACUGUUUAUUUUAUCAGGGUACGUUUGAAGCUCUCAUGGCAUGUUUGCUAGGACUCAUCUUUCACGUAGAAAAUAUUCGCAAAAAACUUGUUCACGUCUUGAAAUUUGAACGUUUCGAUUGUUAACGUUAACGUCUUGCGUACUUUUGUAUUUGUUACAUUAAACGAAAGAGAGAGAGAAAGACAGUUGAAACGAUGUAAGAAUUAUGUAUAUAGAAAGUGAAAUUUAUAAUAAAUUCUUUAAAAUUCAA